AUGGCGGCAGAGGCCUGUCCUCUUUCCACAAGGCCCCUGGUGGCCUCUGGGAUAUCUAAACCCCGAGCAGCUGAGCAAGGCUACGGUGCUCAGGACACCAGAUCUGUCUUCAGGUUGCGUGUCUGUACCCACGGCUCUGCCUGGGGACUCAGGACUAGGCAGGGGACGCAGGACUGGGAAGAGCCUGUGCUGCCAGCGUUCGGCCAGCUCUGGUUCUUGACAUGUUUGAAAUCAAGUGAAAGUGAACAUCAGGUCGUAUCUCCAGAGAGAAAAGAAUGCAGAGAGCGUGUGUGGGAUGUGGGGUGUGGGGGAGCAGGAGGCAGGUCCCAGCACAGUGUCCCAGCUGGGGGAUGCAGGCUGGCCCUACAGGUAGGAAGUAAUGACUUGACCCUUGUUAACCUUCACCUGGCAACCCUGAGCCUCCCCGGGGGUGAGAAUCCAAGCAAGAAUCACAGUGACAGCCACCGCCUGGCCAGCUUCGCACAGACCUUGCAGGAAACGCUGAAAGGAGAAAAAGACGUGGUUGUUUUAGGGGAUUUUGGCCAGGGGCCAGACAGCAGUGACUAUGACAUCCUGAGGAAAGAAAAAUUCCUCCACCUGGUCUCUGCACACACCUUCACCAACAUCAGCACCAAGAACCCUCAAGGCUCCAAGUCUCUGGACAAUAUCUGGAUCAGUAAAAGCCUGAAGAAGGUUUUCACAGGUCACUGUGCCGUCGUGAGAGAAGGCCUCACGAAUCCUUGGAUUCCGGAUAACUGGUCCUGGGGCGGGGUAGCUUCUGAACACUGCCCUGUGCUAGCCGAGUUUUACGUCGAAAAGGACUGGAAUAAGAAGGAAGGUCCUCGCAAUGGCAACGGGGUCACCUUGGAGCGAAGCGAAGCCAACAUUAAGCAUGAGCGAUGAUGACACCAAAUGGGGUUCUCUACCCUCUCACCCCACGGGCACGGGCGGACAUUAGCCCUUCCUGGCACAGAUGCCUUUUCGUCAUUCUGACCGCGUCAGCACCUGGGCCCUGACCGGCCUGCCUUCUUUGUGGAUGUUUCUGGACCUCUCACGGGGAAGGAGGCGCCAGACGGUCUAAUCAGAAGCCCCGCAGAGAACUGAAAUGUCUUCUAGUCUCUGGACCCAACAACCUCAGCCGACUCGGGCUGGCCGCCCGCUGCCGCCUGGACUGCAGCACAGAGAACAGUCCUGGAGGCUCCUGGGACGCAGUGGGCGAGGUGUCUCGGGCCGCCAGGGCCUGUCUGAGCCAGGCCAGAAGCUCUCGUCUCUGACCACCAGUCUGUGAUGCUCUGGCUGCAAAUUACAUAAAGCUUUCAAGUGUGAUUGAGCAGUCUCCUCAAAUAUUUUGAGUGGUGAUUUUUAGUUUUGUUUUGAAAAAAAUAAAACAGA